AUGCUCAUCCGCGUACGCUCGAAGAAUGGCACAUGGCGCGUGGGGGACUUGACGCCGUCAUCCACCAUCGCGGACAUUAAGCGGUGGAUAUUUGAGCAGCACUCGAUUGCCCCAGCGCGGCAACAGUUGGCGCUGGACCAGCAGGGAGCGCAGCAGACUACAGACACUCAGACUCUGCGCGAGCUGCGAGUGGGCCACGGCGACAUGCUGUUCCUAGACUACGACGGCGAGACGGUUUCCACGGGCGGAGUCGUGGGCACGAAGAUUAAUGCGGAUGGCACACUCACGCAUGUGGCGUACCAUGGCCGCGCUGACAAGCAGGCGUUCCGACCGGGCAUGAAGUCACUGCGAGACAUGAAGAUGUACUGGACACUGGGCGAGUUCAUGCGUAUGGACGCCCAGUUUGAGUUCAAGAUCAGCGCGCAAAAGGAGCCACAGGUGGCUAAGGUGCAUCUGGACGGCGCUAGUUGCAACGACUUUCAGGCUUAUCUGCGCCAGUUCGCCUUCCAGCAGUCGCGUUGCGGCUGGCUCUACGGUUCUGUGGAUUCCGAGACGAAAGAGGUGACGGUGGACUUUAUAUAUGAGCCUCCACAGGAGGGCAACCCGUACGGAUUUGAGGUGCUGGACGAUCCCAACGCAGACAAGGUUGAUGCGGUGGCUGAAGCACUUGGCUACGAGAAAGUUGGCUGGGUAUUCUCGCACCCGCCUCGCGAAGAUGAUGAUUUUCACUUCUCAGCAAGGGAGACCCUGCUGGCGGCGCAGUUACAGGCCGAUGCAGGCGGGAAGGCUUCGUUAUUUCUUACACUCAAGGUGACGCUGGAUAAGCAAGGGCAGGCGUCAUUCGAGGCUUUCCAGGUCAGCGACCAGUGCGUUGAGAUGUUCGCGGCCGGCGCGCUGAUGGAGAACGAGCAUAAUCCUAAGGCCUGCGCGGUCACCGACACGUUCACGGCUCUCGUGGAGGCCAAACGCGCGACCGAGGUGGACAAUAACUUUUUCCUGUGCGUGGUUCCUGUCGUACCGCACGAGUCGCCACUUCGCUGCGAGUUCCCCAAGCUCAACCGCGAGGGAGCAUACCGAAACCGCGCGGCGCUCAAGUCUCAGCUGCAAAAAUAUCGUAACGAGCCGUACGCCAAGCGCAUCAGCGAUUUCCAGCUUUUGGUCUUCCUGUCAGACUUUCUCGACGUGCAGACGGACAUCCCGGCCAUCUGCCAGGCUGUGCGUGACCCGAACACCCCGCUCGAUUCGGGUUACCCCAUUCUCAUCGACUCAGUCGCCGGUAGUCAGUGAGUGUAGGCAAGCAAAUGGCGCAAAUAUAGCGAAAUUAAACGGAAA